CUUACGGAUCGCACCAUUUUUGAUAGUUUGGCGAAUCAAGACACAUAUAUGAAAGAAUGGCGCUGAAUUGAUUGGUAAAUACGACAUUUAAAAAUGGAAUGUCAAAAAAAACAGUGUUUUAAGUUUUAACAUACAUCAUGUAUGUAACGACAGUGACGAACGCAACGUUACGCAUGUAAGACACGUGUGUGUAGUGUGGUGGCUAUUUUUUGAGGUUAUAUUAUUGAUAUUUUGGUAGGACGUUUUAGAUUUUUGUAUAUAAUAAAAAUAAUAAGAUACAAAAGUACAAAAAAAUAAUGGCCCAAGGGAAGUUGAAAAUAAAAACCAAAGCUCUGCCUUCAACGAAAAAGAAUGCUCACAAGAAAAAAAAGGGCGCAGCUAGUCAACGAAGAGGCAAUGCACCCAUUCAACCUAAGAAGUCUAAAUUUCAAGAGGCUAAUAAUCUCAAAAAAAUGAUUUCAAAGACAGUCAACAGAACAAUGGAAGAUGAAUUAAGGAAAAGAGCAUUGGAUGGAAAAACGUCGCUAACUAAAAAAGGUCCUCUAGAACCAGAAAAAGGGGGAAAAUGAUAUGACUACGGAAAGCUGUGUGCUUCCCCGAAAGAACCUACUAUUUUCGAGGACUCCACUUUGACUUAGAAAAUCAUAAACAAAUUUAUGUAAAAUAAAGUCAAAAACAAAUUUUCUGUACACGUUAAGACAGUAAUAAAAACAUAUCUAAAUUCCUA